GUAUUACAUGUAUUUUGUAUGCUUUACUGUACUGUUGGUUAACAUACAGUACAAUAGUAUCCAUAAACACACCAAACAAAUGGUGUAAAUAUAUGUUUUUUUUCAUUUGAGCGCCAAAUGCUAUUCAAGACUUCAUUUUGAAGUUGAAAAUUAACCGCCGAUUCAUUCAUACCUUUUCCACACACAGACAUCAACAACACUGUUGUUGUUGUGUUACUCUUCUAUACUGAAGAUAUGACAACCGAAAAGCUAAUAAUUCAGGCGAUGAUGUGGAGACAGUGUGUCAUUGAAGACAAUUUCAAGAAAUUGGUCACUAAUUGUAUCUCAGCUAAUUCACAAAACACAUCGGAAGAAGAAGUCACAAUCACUGAAACGGUUGUGUCAGCAGAAGUGGUAUCGCAAACUGUUCAACGGGUCAACCAAAUGCUUAAGCCAUUCCAUAUGCAGAUUAGCCGCGGACCCAAUGAAACUGAUGGCUCGAUAUACUAUGCGCUUAUCAAUACGGCCGACUCGGAAGUAACACGAUUGGCAACCAAUUGGUCGCAAAAAGAUUUGCUGUAUUUUAGGAAAAUAGUGGACGCCAUUGUCGGCAGCGAUAAUUCGUCGAUUAGUUCGACAAAAAUGUUGAACAUUGGUCGCGACGACGAACUCAAAUUGGUUAUAACAGCAGCCGAACGGGUGACCAACAAAUGGAUUCGAGAGAAAUGGUUGGAUGAAAUCGACGACGGAAGAGUGGCAUUGGGUGUUCGUACACUACUUGAGAUGAAUGUCUAUCUUCGCGAUCACUUUGGACUACAGGACUGUUUCCGGUGCAAAAUACUUUGUGUUCGCGGGCAGAAUUGCGUCACUUGUGAUACGAAAUUGCAUAACCACUGCUGUGACGCUAACUUCAUACCGAACAACCGGUGUCCCAAUUGUUCCAAACAGUUUGCCACUGGUGAUGGUGAGGGCAGUCAAAUCAAUGAUCGUCAAUCAAAUCAGUCAAAUGAAAUGGUUAUCGACAGCGACGAUAAUGAUGUGAAUGAAGUUGACAACGACGACAAUGAAGAUGAAGAACAAGAGCAAGAAAAGAGUAAAAAAAUUCGUAGCACUAGGAAUUCGGUGACCAAAACAAAGAGAACAAGAAGACGUUGAAUCUAUUUCUUCAUUUCAUUUUAAUUUCUUUAUAAAAUAUAUAUAAUUAUUACAAAUAUAUAGUGUAUUAUAAAAUAUGAAUACAAUAUGUAAACAGUUUUUUCUUGUUUUAUACACAUUUGUCAGUCAGUCAGUCAUUUGUUCACUAAUUCAUGGACUUUACGGUAAAUAUUCUAUUAAUAUUGUAAUUGCAUUUAAAUUUUCGUUUAUUUUCCAUAAAUAUUAUUAUAAUGUUUUUUAGGACACCGAAACAAAAAAAAU